GAAAGAUUUUUUUUUUUUGUGUAUUUUCUUAUAGAUGAAAGAGACACUGAUAGAUGCAAUCAAUACAAUAGACUUGUUACAGUCUAUUUAUUUUGACAAGGAAUUCGAAUUUAAGCAAUCAGAAGAUGCAGUUCAUUACCAAGAAUUACAAGCGAAUAUAGAAAACAACACAUUCACAACUGAUGUUCAACAACUCGAAUUCUAUAUAAAGGCACCUAUUGAUCGAGUAGAGAACCAAACAGAAGAAGGUUAUCAACUCUAUUUGACAUUCUAUGGUCGCAUCUCACUUGUGUCAGAUGACUAUAAACUGGAUCUACCUUCAACACUGAACCUAUGGUUAUCAAGAGAUGACCAUGAAGCACUGGUACAUGCGCUUCAUGGUAUUGAGAUAGAGGCAGAGCGGUCUACAUGUAUCAUUGAAAAGAUGCAACAGUUGCAAACCAUAGCUGAACCUUAUGCCUUAGCUUGGCUUGAUAGGACGCAUCAACAGGCUCAAAGAGAACAAGCACUGGCCAAAGAACCCGUUCGUUUUCUUAGGGAUUGGAUAUGGUUUCCUAUGAUUUACACUCGAGAAAAGCGUGGUCAUAUUGUAGAUUGGGCUCCUAAAUAUAACAUCACUGGCUUUCUUUGUCCAGGAAAACCAGGAUGUAUGUGUCUUGAAGGACCCGAGAAACAAAUUGCUCAAUUCGUGAAUGAUAUUAAGACCAUUUCCUGGGCUGAUAUUCCUGCCAGCCACAAAAAGAUGGCAUCACGUUGGAAACAAAUAGUUAACUGUCAAGACAAAACUGAGUUAGACUCACAUCGCCUAUUUAAAGAUAUGCAAGAAGUCAAGUUUGACAUCCAUGGUAAAUUCGCUAAUCAUAAUGAUCUCUGUAUGUUGCAACAAUGGUUGAAUGAUAGAGGAUGCAGUGAAGCGUUUGAUCAUUUGUUUAAGAAUUAAAAAAAAAA